UGAGAAGCCUGUCCAGGUUUCUUUUUUAUGAGAAGUUUUCACAAAAGGUCCAAUUUUUGGGGAUUUUUUUAGAUUUGGGUGAGAAAAGAGGGGCAAAAAGAGAAAAAAGUUGCUGAUUGAGGCUCUGUCCAUGGUGGCUCUGUGAUUCAAACUCUUCAACCAAUACAACUCCUAUUAUUAGGGGUUUUACUCAUUUAGCAGAUCCUCUUUUGAAGUAUGAAAGAGCCCGGAAUUUGUAAAGCUGAGUAGCAGGCAGGCUGAAUUACUUUCAACAAUUGGCAGCCUUCUUGUGACAAGACGCAAAGAAGGGAGCUGAGGAUAUAGGCAAGGGAAAUGGAAUGCAAUAAAGAUGAGGCUGCCAGGGCAAAAGAGAUUGCUGAGAAGAAGUUUAUGGCAAAGGAUAUUAAUGCGGCAAAGAAAUUUGCUUUGAAGGCUCAGAAUUUGUUUCCUGGGCUUGAGGGUAUUUCCCAAAUAUUAACAACUCUUGAUGUGUAUGUUUCCGCGGAGAACAAAAUUAAUGGAGAAGCAGAUUGGUAUGGUAUACUUGGUGUGGAUCCACAAGCCGAUGAUGAGACCGUGAGAAAACAAUAUAGGAAGCUGGCUCUUAUGCUUCAUCCCGAUAAGAACAAGUCUCUAGGAGCUGAUGGGGCGUUUAAGCAUAUUUCUGAGGCAUGGAGUUUGUUAUCUGAUAAGGGUAAGAGAUCAUUAUAUGAUCAGAGGAGGAACGCAAAAGCAUCCCAGAAGGCUUCUACUCCAAAUGCAGGUUCAUCAGCACCACCAGGUGCAAAUGGUUUUUACAAUUUUACCAAAAGUACAACUUCAAAUCCGAGGGCUCAAAAGAAUACCAGCCGGGCAGGUCACUCUUCGUCUUCUGCUUCAUCUCAUAAGCCGAAACCCAAUACCUUUUGGACCGUGUGCCAUCGAUGCAAGAUGCAAUACGAGUAUCUCAGAGUUUACCUUAAUCAUAAUCUCCUAUGCCCGAAUUGCCAUGAGCCAUUUUAUGCCGUAGAAACAGCUCCGCCUCCUACAAAUGGCUCUAAAGCAGCCACACCAUGGAAUAGUUCCCAGCAGCGGCAGAACUCAAACCAUCAUGGAGCUAGUAAAAACAAAACUAAUUCAGGACAGAAUAAGGAGACCAACUUUCAGUGGGGACCAUUCUCAAAAACUGCUGGUGCUUCAUCUGCCGCUCAAGCUGCAAGCGUAGUUCAGCAGGCAUAUGAGAAAGUGAAGAGAGAACGUGAGGAGGCACAGGCAGCCAUAAAAAGAGAGGAGGCCUUGAGGAAGAAGAAUAAUGUCUCUAAGAGGACUGGUGGUGCUCAAUCUAGUGGGCACUCUAGUGCUGCAAAGAGAAGAAAAGGCAUGGAUGAUGUUGGUGCUGCCAGCUAUGGAAAGGAUGCAGCAAAUCAAACGGGUCUAGGAACUGGAGGAUCUGGUGCAGCUAACUUAUCUGGAUCUAAACCAGCUAAUUCAGAAACAGUUAGGGGCAAUGGAAUCACUAAGCCCAGCAGCUUAGAGAAUGUUUGCCUGCAAGAACUCGAGAAUCUACUGAUGCAGAAGGCUAGGAUUGAAAUUCACAAGAAACUAAAUGAGUGGAAGUCAGUUAGUGUUAAUAAAAAUGCAGUUGAAGAAGAAGGGGUUGGGAAUGAGAAAUCAAAUGAACGAGGAAAAUCUUUGGGAAACAGUGACAUGCCUGAUCAAAACAAGUUUGUUGAGUCAGUGGAUAAGAAGAAUGAAGCUUGUGCCACCAAGUCCUUUCCUGGCACUUCUGGUGCCAAUUCAAAUGCAGAAACCUUGGAAACAAUGUCUAUAAAUGUUCCAGAUUCCGAUUUUCAUGACUUUGACAAGGAUAGAACUGAAAGGUCCUUUGGAGAAAAUCAGGUCUGGGCUGCAUAUGAUAAUGAUGAUGGGAUGCCUCGGUAUUACGCCAUGAUUCAUACUGUAGUUUCUUUGAAUCCUUUCAAGAUGCGGAUCAGUUGGCUUAACUCAAAAACUAACAGUGAAUUGGGACCCUUAAACUGGGUAGGCUCUGGUUUCUCAAAAACUUGUGGGGAAUUUAGAAUAGGCAAAUAUGAAAUCAAUAAAUCCCUUAAUUCUUUUUCACACAAGGUUAGGUGGACAAAAGGUUCACGGGGGGUUAUUUGUAUAUAUCCCAGGGCAGGGGAUGUUUGGGCUCUCUAUAGGAAUUGGUCUCCUGACUGGAACGAGUUAACAGCUGAUGAAGUAAUUCACAGGUAUGACAUGGUGGAAGUUCUUGAAGAUUAUAAUGAAGAAAAUGGUGUAAUUGUUACUCCCCUGGUCAAAGUGGCUGGUUUCAAGACAGUGUUUCACCGGCAUUUGGACCCUAAAGAAAUUAGGAGGAUUCCAAGAGAAGAGAUGUUUCGAUUCUCUCAUCAUGUCCCAUCGCACUUGCUAACAGGUCAAGAAGGUUCAAAUGCUCCAAAGGGCUGCCGGGAGCUGGACCCAGCUGCUACUCCAGUAGAUCUUCUUCAGGUAAUAAUUGAUGUUAAGGAAGAUGAUAUUCUGGAGAACGAGGUUAUAUUUAAGGAAGACAAUGUAGUGGAUAACGCCAAAAAAGCCAUUGAUGAAGAGAUGAUAGAGAAUCCCAUGAAAGUUCAGGAAGAAGAGGAGGGGAAUUCUAAAGAUAUUCGGGAACAAGAAAUUGUGCAGGAAACAAAAGAAACGAAGAGAGGCGGAGUGGGGCUGAUGAAGAAAACUAGUAGUUAGUCAAGUUUUGGGUGAUUUCUUUUGAUGUGGAUAUAAUUUAUAAAAUUGGACUCAAAACUGAUUUAUCAUUUUGAGCAUUUUUGUCUAAAUAAGACACUAGAAGGUCUCUAGUUUGUGGCUGGGGGACUCCACCAAAGAGCAGCUUGACCCUAAAACAUAUGUUGCAAGUCUCACUUUCUGCUCAUUGGUGCACUCAAGGAAAUAUCUUCUCCAUUUUUAAAACCCAAGCCUCAGCCUUCAUUGAUUUGACAGGCAGAAAGAGUGAUUUGCCACAUUUAUGUCUGAGGGAGAGUCUGAAUUUAAGGGACUGCAUAAUUUUACUUGAAUUUAUGUGGGAAAGACCUGAUUAUUGUGCAACUUGAAGGUAAUUUAGAAGGUGAACUAACAUGGUACUCGAGAGUUUAAGCAGCUCGAAGUUGGAAGCUCCCUCUAGUGUAUUUUAUGCCAAUGGAACUUCUUUCAAUGGUUUGGAAGCUAAAUACAUUUCCUACAAGACCUAAUUUACUCCUCAAAGAUCUCCUUAUCAGCUAAAGCUCGACAAAUAUACGAGCCUGCCCAUGGGCUGUGACUGAUUCUCUUUUCUUCUAAAAUCCUUGUUGAAUUUUCUUGUUUUUAUAUCUGAUUGUUAAUUUGCAUGUUCCUUCAUAUUUCUCUGUAGAGUGGUACUGUUAGUUCUGUUCGGAGAUCAAAUUAUAGCAUACAUUUUUAGUCAGAUUUUCUUCAUGCUUGAAUAUUUCCAUUACUGUAUGAGAUUUUAGAUUUUAAUCCUAUAGUUCUGGAUUAUGUA